CCAUCACUGAGUGUACUACAUUUUGUUUGCUUGAUUAUUGUCAUUUUCCAUGAAAAUAUGAGCUCAUGAGCCCAAGGAAUUGAAUCCGGGUUCCUGACUAUGGGCCUGCCCAUUUUCCUCCACAUAUUGGUGAAGAGGUGCCUUGUUGAAAUAGAAUGUGUGGGAUGUUUCAGAAUUCAGUAUUCUUUUCGGAUGUGGCUGUGAACUUCACCCGGGAAGAGUGGGCUCUGCUGGAUGGUGCUCAGAGGAAGCUCUUCAGAGAUGUGAUGUUGGAGACCUUCUGGAACCUAGCCUCACUGGCUUGUUGCACUCAAGUCAAAACCAGUGGAUCAAGCCCUACGCGGGAAAACUUAGAGACUGAAAUAUCCAGUGAAGACAAUAUAGUAAGAUUCACAAGAAAUGAUUCCUGGUCUGUUUUUGGAGAAACAUGGACAUUUCAUAAUAUCAUAUAUGAGAACCAAACCCGGGAAAGACAUUUGAGAAGUCAUUCUGUGGAGACUCCCUGUGGGAGGAAUGAAGGUAAUCAAUGUGGAGAUGCCCAGACCACAGAUCUUCCUGUGCAUGAGAGACAUCUGACUGGAGCUAGACCCUAUGAAUGCACUAAGUGUGAAAAAAGCUUCACGGAUCAUUGUUUCCUAAAGAAUCAGCAAAGAUCUCCCACUGGACACAAACCUCAUCUGUGUGAGGAAUGUGGGCAAGCAUGUAGGUGUGUCUCAUGCUUAAGCAGUCAUGUGGAAACUGGCCUUGUGGAGAAACCCCAUCCAUGUCAGGAUACUGGGGGCGCAUCAAAGAGAGAUGUGCAGAGUCUGAGUGGUAAAAACUCUUUUCAGUGUAAGAAAUGUGGAAAAGCUUUCACUUGCCACUCAGCCUUUCGGGGACAUGUGAGAUGUCAGUGUGGACAGAAAAUCCACACGUGUAAAGUGUGUGGGAAAGCCUUUAUGUAUGGAUGUCACCUUAAACGACAUGUAAGAACUCACACUGGAGAGAAGCCCUAUGAAUGUAAGGAAUGUGGGAAAGCCUUCAGCUGUAACUCCUACCUACGAGAACACGUGAGAAUGCACACUGGGGAGAAACCCUAUGAAUGUCAGCACUGUGGAAAAGCUUUUCGAUUUUACUCCUACCUUCGAGAACACGUGAAGGCACACACUGGAGAUAGACCUUAUGAAUGUCAGCAGUGUGGCAAAGCCUUCCGGCACCUGUCAUCCCUGCGAUCACAUGAGAGGAUGCACACUGGGGAGAAACCGUAUGAAUGUAAGGAAUGUGGGAGAGGCUUCCAUUGUCCCAAAUACUUUAGAAAACAUGUGAAAACACACAGUGAAAGGAAACGCUAUGAAUGUACAGAAUGUGGGAAAGCCUUCCAUUAUUCCUCAUCCCUUCGAGAGCAUGUGAGAACACACAGUGAAGAGAAGCCCUAUGGAUGUAUGGAGUGUGAGAAAGCGUUCAGGUGUCCCUCAUCCCUGCAAAGACACAUGCGAAUGCACACAGGGGAGAAACCCUAUGAAUGUCAGAAAUGUGGUGAAGCCUUCAGGCAUUAUGCGUCCUUGCGAAGACAUGGGAGGACACACACUGGACAGAAGCUCUGAAUUCAGGGACUGUAUUUAUUUUUUUGUAAAACUUUGUGAGGAAACACUGGAGAGAAAGAAACUAUGAGUGGAAAGUAGGUGGGAAGUUUUUAGAUCUUAUGUUGUGCAUGAAAACUCAGGGCAGUAUAGAAAAUUUUUGUUACAAAUACGGUUUUCCUUAUAAGUGCCUCAUC